AUGCCGAUUGCCAGUGAGAGCAGUAGUACCACCACCAUGACAACCUUUUCCGCCCCGAUCCCCGCCACCAAAUCGCUGCCUACAAAUCAGUCAGCGCUAGCGGCCUCCUUCACCAACUUCCUCACCGUUUCCGUUCACCAAAUACUCUUCCUGCGCUCCGUCUACCCACGCGCGACAUUCCUCCCCGUCCGUGCAUACAAUUAUCCCGUCCGACAAUCCCGUCACCCGAAAGUGUGUGACUAUAUCAACGAUGCAUCAAUCGCAGUCGGAACGGAGAUCUUAAAAGGCACAAUCACCGCAGUCAGUAUCAUCAUUUCAUCUCUUCGCACAAACCAGCCCCUCGAGCGAUAUGCGUUUGAUCUGUCGGGCUUCCCGCGUGCCCCCGCGGGAGAGGUGAACACUACAUUUGAAGACAGAAAUGAAGAUUCAUCCAAUCCAGGUGCCCCAGUCUCAGACCGGGGCCCCGCGCCCACAUCCGUCGACCUUGAGGCGCAAUUCCGGGCGUGUCUCGCCAGACUCGCCUCCGCGUGCGCUCGGUUGACCCCGCUGCCCCGCGAUGACGAAUUCAGUUUCACCGUGUGCAUCGAGGUGCGGGAGGAUGCCCUACCACCGGCGGGGACCACCAAGGAAGAGCAGACUUGGAUUGUGGCGGAACCGGGCAAGGUGCAUCUACGAUCAUGCACCGCACCGUUCUCCGUCUCGAAACUACGGAAUGGCGAGCCCCAGCAGCCGCCCCCCAGGGUCUCGAAUGGCCGUGCCAAAACAGUACCCGUGCGACGUGUCGAAGCCGGCGAACUCCGAUUGGAGUUGUGGGUAGAGGAGGCACGACAGAAGUUCAACGAACCGGUGGACUCAGAACAACCACCUUGA